CUGGCAAAAGUAGAUUUGUGGGUGCCAAGGGCUGGGGGAAGGGGAAAUGAACAGUGACUGCUUAAUGGCUAUGGGAUUUCUUUUGAGGGUGAUGAAAACACUCUGAAAUUAGAUACCUAGUGAUGGUUGCACAACCUUGCAAAUAUACAAAGAACCAGUGAACUGUACACCUUAAAAGAAUGGAUUUUAUGACGUGAAUAUCAAUUUUUUUUUAAAAAAAAGGAUGACUUUUUGUCAUCUCCAUUUCAAAUGCAAAGAUCAGUGUGGGAACGGGGGGUGAAUCUGGUUAUUCCCCAAUUACCAUUUUGUAUUAAUAAUCUCUACUUCAUUUAUAUCUCACCUUGACCUAGAAGGGAUUUGAGGAGAGUCCUAUUAGACUAUAGGUGUAGUUGUCCUGAGUUCCAGGUUGAAUGUGUUGACAUGCCUUAUUUCUCUUUAUAUAUCUCAUUUAUCUCCAUAAAGCUUGGCCAUAGAACACAUCUAGUGGACUGAAUUGAAUGCUACAGUCUGUGUCUCAUCUUUCUUUGUUUCUUUAGAGAAUUUGAUAGCACAUUAUUGAUGGCUCUAAAGAAGUCAUCACUGUCACUGGAAUCCAGUGAGAGUGAUGCUGAGGAGUUGCCAGUAUUUACCUUUUUGAAGAAGGAACCAUCUUCAACAAAGAGGAGGCAGCCUCAGAGGGAGGAGAAGAUCGUAGUGGUUGACACCUCAGAUUCUGAGGCCUCCUGUCCUCCAUCACCAAGAUUGAAAGAUCCGUCACCUGUCCCAGACACGGCUGAAACUGCCACACGAACACAGCCAGUCAAGGUGCUAAGUAGUGGAAGUGAGGAUGAGGAGGAACUUCUUCCCCUGGCUGAGAGACUUACAUGUAAGUUUCUGACCCACAAGCAGCUGAGCCCUGAGGACUCUAGCUCCCCAGUUAAAAGCAUUUUGGAUCACAAAAAUGAUGGAGCAUCAUGUGACUGGAAAAAACAGCCCUUUCCGAUGACCCCUGAUGUUCCCCUGCAUGACACCUCAGAGAGGUGUACAUCGAAUAAUAAGGACCGUAUGGUAGACAAUCCAUGCCAUCAGCUUCCAGCGUACGAAGCUAUCUGCCCUCUCCAGAGCUUAAGCUUGACAGUAACCCAAACAAAUGCUGAGGUCCCCCCACCUCAGAAGAGAACCAAGCACAGCCAGAAGGUCCAGAGGAGAGGCUCGCAAGGAUGCCAGCCGCGGGGACAAGCAAGCCGGAAGGAAAACACCGUGAGACAACCACAAAGGGAAAAAAAGGCAGCACUGGUUAACAGACCAAAAGCCCAGAGGCCAGAGGAGUGCUUAAAACACAUCGUUGUGGUGCUGGAUCCAGUGCUUUUACAGAUGGAAGGCGGGGGCCAGCUCCUCGGAGCACUGCAAUCCAUGGAGUGCUGCUGUGUGAUUGAGGCACAGGCCGUGCCGUGCAGUAUCACCUGGAGGAGAAGGGCCGGGCCAGCUGCGGAUGGAGAGGAGGGCUGUGUGGAGGAGCCAAUGGUCCUGGUGCUGCUCCUGGCAAAGGCGUUUGUGUUCAUGAUCCACAACUUCAAGCAGGGAAGUCUAGGCUGCACCGAGAAAGGAAAGGAAACACUUCAGAGCUUUGUAACAGACAUCACGGCCAGGACAGCGGGGAAAGCUCUGUCACUGGUGAUUGUGGAUCAGGAGAAAUACUUCAGUGCUCCAAAUCCUCCAAGGAAAAGGAAACAGGGAGUGGCAAACAGAGAACAGGCCAAGGAGAAGCAGCAGCGUAGGCCACCAGAGGCCAACACAGGGCCUGUGGUGUCCAGGGUAGACAUGGAGGAGGCAUUGGUGGAUCUGCAGCUACACACACAUGCCCAGGCUCGAGUUGUGCAGAGCUGGAAAGAGCUGGCCGACUUCACGUGCACGUUCACAAAGGCUGUGGCUGAGGCGCCCUUCAAGAAACUCCGAGAUCAAACUGGUUUCUCCUUCUGCCUGGAGAGUGACUGGGCUGGAGGAGCAAAGGUGGACCGUGCUGGCAGGGGACUUGCUCACGUCUGGAGGAGGCAGAUUCAGCAGCUGAACCGAGUCAGCCUGGAAAUGGCCAGUGCUAUUGUGGCCGCCUAUCCCUCCCCACAGCUCCUGGUCCAGGCUUAUAGGCAGUGUUUUUCGGAGCAAGAACGCCAGAAUUUGCUUGCAGACAUCCUGGUGCGCCGUGGGGAAGGCGUGACAUCCACCUCCCGCCGUAUUGGACCAGAGCUGUCCAGGCGUAUCUACCUUCAGAUGACCACAUUGCAGCCUCAUCUCUCUUUAGACAGUGCAGACUGAAGCUAGCCCCUGGGGACAGGAUGAAAAGCUGGAGAUUUCCUCCUCACCCACCUCAGGACAUGACUACAAUGAAGAGACUGGAAGUGCCUUCUGGAGCACGAGCUUGGGCCAGGCCCACAACAGGCUCUUUCCCAGGUGUCAUUACCUGUCAACUGGCUGAGAUAUUUGCAUUUA